CUCAACCUGCCCAGGUCGACGUAAGCAGGUGUUUGUAGAGAACGAUUCUAUCUACCGGUCAUUGUUGCCAGCCGCGUUCGCAUCGCGUCGGAUUCUCUCGUCCAUCGUGGAUUUCCUGAGGUCACUUCGAGGUCACGGUGUCGAAACGAGAAGACAGGGUGACGGAACGGAGCUCGGAACACCGCGAGCGGGAGUGCCGUCGAGAGGGUCGCGUUGGCGGGGCCCGGCCGGGAUUUAUGGAACCACCCCAUGGAUAGUAACAUGUCAACCGCCGCCUUUAUGCAUCGGUCGGGUGGCUCCUCCAGCGCGUCAAGCGCCGGCACGGGAUCGUCAACCGGUGGAGGUCCUGGGAACCCGGCAGGAGGCGGCAGGAUGGCCGUCAUCGGCGUGACCAGAAACGUACGAUUGAGGCGUCGCGGUAAUGCCGGCUUUGGUUUCUCAUUACGAGGUGGACGCGAAUACGCUGCCGGAUUUUACGUCAGUGACGUUCAACCGGGUGGUGAAGCUCAUAGAAAUGGAUUGAGGGUAGGUGAUCAAAUCCUGAGGGUGAAUGGUUACCCGGUGGAGGACGCCGUCCACCAGGAGGUCGCGCUCCUGGCAAAGAAUCAGCAAGUCCUGGUGCUCAAAAUUCGAAGCGUUGGGAUGAUACCCGUAAAAGACAAUCCAAACGAUCCGGUUACCUGGCACAUGGUGCAGCAGCAGCAACAGCAGCUGCAAUACAACGAAACUGGUUUAGGCGGUGUACCGAGCGCAGAAGUCAGAAUUCGGAUUCUCGUUGGCGAGAAAGGCCGUCUGGGCUGCGGCGUUUGCAGAGGCAUCGUACCUGGUCUCACUGUUCAGGGCACGAGGGAAGGUGGUCCCGCGCGAGCGGCAGGUCUGAAGGCCGGCGACGUGAUAAUUUGGUGCAACGGACAACGACUUACCGAUCUUCCGUUCGAGCGAGCCAUUGAAGUGAUGCGCAGCUCGGCGAUCCUCGACCUCGUGGUGCAACGACCCACGUCUCCUAAUCACCUUUACGACUGUCCCGAGCCGUUGUGGACUCGCGCGCCGCAGCAUCAAAACAACCCGUCGUCCUCGCCACAGCAUCAUCACCACGACGGCAGGAUGCAUCAGCGAUAUCCGCGCGACGAUGCCUGCAACAGAAACGGCAGGAUAUGCUGCCCCCUCGCCCUGUCAACCACCAGCUGCAGUUCUUCGGAGUGGGCGCACGUAGAUCAGGCGCCGGAAUGGUCGCGUAAACCGAAUAACACAACCGUGAUUCGUGUUAAUCAGAGCUCGAACCAGAACCAGAAUCACCGGCCUAUACUGGGCGGGCAGUAUCAUUUCAAUCCGCGUGGCAAUUAUGACGAUGAUAUCGACAACGAGCCGCUUUACGACCCCGUGGCACCCAGGAUCGACUAUGAGGUGCAUGAUUUUGACGCCAAUCCACGAGACGAGGCUAAUCGGCGACUGGCUUAUCGGCGAGAUAACGCGAGGCAGCAGGACGUGAUUUAUGACGGGCCUGCGGACGACUUGCCCAUGUACCAUGGCUCCAAAGAGAACGACCAAGCGGUCGGCAAUCGAUUGACGGAUCUGCAACUCAUGCAGCGACAGAGCGAAGCCGAGAGGAAGACGAUAACGACCGUAGAGGUGCAUCAGUCGGUUUGUCCACCUGCACCUCCGCCGCCGCUUCCUUACAAAUGGCCAGCAGAGACCAAACCAAUGAACGCCAUGGGCAUGCAAAUGGGCAGCACCAUGUCGAUGGGCAGCACCGGCUCGACGGAGACCGAGUCAAGCCUCGAGUCAUCCUGCAGCAAGGAUUCCGCGUCGACGUCGUCAUCUCUGUCAACAUCAUCCUGCGAGCCGGCAUCCACCGUUUCUUAUGGAUCGGCGACCGGUGGCGGAUCUUCCAGCGUUACCAGCAAAACGACGGAGACUUCGACAGCCACAUACGCGACACCGCGCAAGGAUGUCGCCAGGACGUCGCCGAUCGCCAACACCGAUCUGAGUACCGCCAUCACGCAGGAGUUGCAGAGGCGAGCACAGCAGAGGAUGAAUAAUGCUGCUAAAGCAGAAGCGUCAAAGGAAAAGACUCCGGAUAAUCGCAAGCCUCAGAAUUCUGAAAUGCUGAGAUCACAGGAGCAAAAAGUCGCACACGAUAAGCUGAUGGAGGAGUUUAAACGUGCACACCAAAAGAUGUUCAAUUCUGCUCAACAAAAGGUGCAGUCCUCGGAACAGGUGCCCAAAGAAGUUCAGGAGAAGGAACAGCAGAAGAGAAUGCUCAAUGAAACAACAGCGACGGUACCGACAACAGCGACGGUGCCAACAACAGCGAUGGUGCCGACAACAGCAAGUCCUCCGGUGCCACCGCCAGCGCCUCCGCUUCCUCUUCCUUCUAAAAAUCGGAACAGCGACGACUCGGUGGAGAUGCAAAGCAUCGAAUCGUUCAAGUUGAAGGAAACGCCCAGUACAGUGCCGAAACCACCGCCAACGUACUUCCCAGUGACGAGUCCUUCCUCGACGAAUAAUAGUCCGCGACACGUUGGUACUGCAAGCAAGAUUCCAAAGGACGCUGCGACGAGCCCCGUUGCGGAACUCACAAAGAACUCGGCUGCACCGGUCUCGCCGACCAACAGCGCUCAGCCUUCAAAGUUACCCAGCGGCAAGGUGGCCAUCAGGAUAGGGUCAUACGAGGGUGAGACGAAGCAGCCAUCCAGAUUGGAAUUCUUGCCGCAACAGCCGAGUCGUGACAAAAACGGCGUUGACGAGUCAGACAAUAGCCCUGUCGUAUCCAGGCUGCAGAACGAGCUUGCUGCGACCCUGCAGAGGUCGAACCUCAGAAGAAAGACUGAAGGCGAAAAUCAGUCGCCCGUGAAGACGAUUCAUGAGAACGCGGCGACGUCCAGCAAUGAAACAACGAAUCCAGAACCGAACAAGCUUCUUCAGAGCAACAUCGAGAAGCUUGCUUCCGCUCUCAGCAACAAAGUCACCAUUAAAGUGAAUCCAGAAAAUAGUAGUCGAUAAGAAUCGAGUCGAAAAGACGUAGCAACAAUCAUCUUGUAUCUUCGUAAAUUUUGUACAUUUUUGCACGUUUCGCUAACACCAUUUCGACUUAAUUAUAUAAGUGAAAAAGCGCUCUCCCUAUUGGCGAGGUUCUUUUACACAUACAUGUUUUUAUAUCUUAUUUAUUAUCGUAUUAUACACCGAGAGUAAGGAGCUAAUUCUUAUUAAUCGAGACGAGGUUUCACGACCAGUAUUUAUCACGUAGUCUUAAAUGUAAUCUGCGAUUGCGGCUAUGUACGAAUCUUAACGGAAAAUUCGACGAAAUGUUGAAUUUUUAAAUAAAACCGACGACACUUAUAAUA